GAGUACUUUACUUGAUCCUCCAAUUGUCUUUACAAUUUGUAACUGACCAUAAUAUAGUCUUAUUUUAUCAGCUUUCAGCUCAAGUCUCGUAUUCUCGGUGGCGUUGAGCCUUUUAACAUCAUUUAAGUUAUCAUCAUCAUGAAUCCUUUUCCUUUUGGUUUUAAAUUUUCAGCUCCAACCCCACCAGAGUCACCACGAAACUUUGUUGCUGCACCAUUGAAUUUACCUUCAUCAAGCAAUUCACCUUCACCACCAACCCUUACCAACGCACAUAGAUCACCUUCACCACCAACUCUCAUGCUAUCUUUAUGCCAUAUUUCACCAUCAAGCUCUUACCAGAUGCCAUCAUUACCAUCAUGCUCUUAUCAAAUGCCUUCAACAUCAUUUGCUCACGCAUCGCCAUCAACAACCAGACCCGAGAAAAACAAAAAAUCUGAUGAUCUUGAAGAAGUUGCUGCUCGAACGAAGCGGACCAAGGAAAACAUUACCGCAAAUCACUUGAAUUCAAACCGAUGGGCUCCAUUGCCCACACCUCCACGUGUAUCUUUAGCGUCUAUAAUGAAAAGAACCAGAGUUCCAGAUCAACUUAGAGACAGUGAUUAUCGCUCACAGCGAAAAAAAAACAUUAUAUUUGCAAAAAAGGCGCGCGAAGCUCGACUAGCUCGAGCGGAAUAUAUUGCGAUUAUGUUAUACAGAGAAAACGAAAGUGAAGUGGAACAUCUUAAAGGCAUGGACGAAGCAUAAUUUUAUAUAGAAUUUUAUUGACUUCAUUAAGAUUUUUUAAAUCUUUUGCCUUUUCUUGAAUUUCUAAUCCCAUUUAUUACGAUGUCUUUCAACAAGGUCAAGUCUCCAGUCAUUUUAAUACAUUUUUUUUGUCUAACAGACUCUGGACACUUGGAUAUUGCUCAAUUAUAAUAAAUAAUUUUUUGUAAAGUAUUUGUAUUGGUCAUUCACUAAGAUUGAAUGGUCAAAGCAAAUACUAUAUUUUUGUGACCUAUUCGGACCCCUGAACUUUUGCUUCGUUUAUCCAUUGGCCUGCGAUACCUUGAACAUCUUUUCAUGCUGGAGAUACAUUUAUUAAUAAGUUUGUUUGUCAAAUGAUGUAAAACACUUCCGACCACUUAAUAAUAAAUCCAUAAUUAAAUUGCUACUCUAUCACUAUA